UCCGCCGCGCCUUCCCCCAUUCUCCCGGAUUAAUUAAGGAGGCAGCGGCAGGAGGCUGAGUCCUGGCCGCGGGCCGGGGCCGGGGCGCCGCUGGCAGGAGCGCUUGGGGAUCCUCCAAGGUGACCAUGGCCUUGUUGGGGAAGCGCUGCGACAUUCCCACCAACGGCUGCGGGCCCGACCGCUGGAGCUCCGCCUUCACCCGCAAAGACGAGAUCAUCACCAGCCUCGUGUCUGCCUUAGAUUCCAUGUGCUCGGCGCUCUCCAAGCUGAAUGCGGAGGUGGCCUGUGUCGCUGUGCACGAUGAGAGCGCCUUCGUGGUGGGCACCGAGAAGGGGAGGAUGUUCCUGAGCACACGGAAGGAGCUGCAAUCAGACUUCCUCAGGUUCUGCCGAGGGGCCCCAUGGAAGGAGCCGGAGGCAGAGCAUCCCAAGAAGGUGCCGCGGGGCGAGGGUGGCGGCCGGAAUGUCCCUCGGUCUUCCCUGGAGCACGGCUCGGACGUGUACCUUCUGCGGAAGAUGGUAGAGGAGGUGUUUGAUGUUCUUUAUAGCGAGGCCCUGGGAAGGGCCAGCGUGGUGCCCCUGCCGUACGAGAGGCUGCUCAGGGAGCCGGGGCUGCUGGCCGUGCAGGGGCUGCCCGAGGGCCUGGCCUUCCGGAGGCCAGCCGACUACGACCCCAAGGCCCUCAUGGCCAUCCUGGAGCACAGCCACCGAAUCCGCUUCAAGCUCAAGAGGCCACUUGAGGAUGGCGGGCGAGACUCGAAGGCCUUAGUGGAGCUGAACGGCGUCUCCCUGAUAGCCAAGGGGUCUCGGGACUGCGGCCUGCAUGGCCAGGCCCCCAAGGGGCCACCCCAGGACCUACCCCCCGCCGCCGCCACCUCCUCUGUGGCCAGCUUCCUGUACAGCAGCGCACUCCCUAACCACACCACCAGAGAGCUCAAGCAGGAGGCGCCCGCCUGCCCGCUUGCCCCCAGCGACCUGGGCCUUGGCCGGCCCGGGCCUGAGCCCAAGGCCUCUGGUGCCCAGGACUUCCCCGACUGCUGUGGACAGAAGCCCCCCGGGCCUGGUGGUCCUCUCAUCCAGAAUGUCCACGCCUCGAAGCGCAUCCUCUUCUCCAUCGUCCAUGACAAGUCAGAGAAGUGGGACGCCUUCAUAAAGGAAACCGAGGACAUCAACACGCUCCGGGAGUGCGUGCAGAUCCUGUUUAACAGCAGAUAUGCGGAAGCCCUGGGCCUGGACCACAUGGUCCCCGUCCCCUACAGGAAGAUUGCCUGCGACCCAGAGGCCGUGGAAAUUGUGGGCAUCCCCGACAAGAUCCCCUUCAAGCGCCCCUGCACGUAUGGGGUCCCCAAGCUGAAGCGGAUCCUGGAGGAGCGACAUAGCAUCCACUUCAUCAUUAAGAGGAUGUUCGAUGAGCGAAUUUUCACAGGGAACAAGUUUACCAAAGACCCCACAAAGCUGGAGCCAGCCAGCCCACCGGAGGACACCUCUACAGAGGUCUCCCGUGCCACUGUCCUCGACCUGCCUGGGACCGCUCGGUCAGACAAGAACGGUGUGUCUGAAGACUGUGGGCCAGGAACGUCAGGGGAGCUGAGCGGGCUGAGGCCCAUUAAAAUCGAACCAGAAGAUCUAGAUAUCAUUCAGGUCACUGUCCCAGACCCUUCGCCAACCUCGGAGGAAAUGACAGACUCAAUGCCUGGGCAUCUGCCCUCGGAAGAUUCUGGUUAUGGGAUGGAGAUGCUGACUGAGAAAGGCCCCAGCGAGGACCCGCGGCCUGAGGAGAGGCCCACAGAAGACAGCCACGGUGACGUGAUCCGGCCCCUGCGGAAGCAGGUAGAACUGCUCUUCAACACGCGAUACGCCAAGGCCAUUGGCAUCUCGGAGCCCGUCAAGGUGCCCUACUCCAAGUUCCUGAUGUACCCGGAGGAGCUGUUUGUGGUGGGGCUGCCUGAAGGCAUCUCCCUCCGCAGGCCCAACUGCUUCGGGAUCGCCAAGCUCCGGAAGAUCCUGGAAGCCAGCAACAGCAUCCAGUUUGUCAUCAAGAGACCCGAGCUGCUCACCGAGGGAGUCAAAGAGCCCAUCGCGGACAGCCAAGAGAGGGAUUCCGGGGACCCUCUUGUGGACGAGAGCCUGAAGAGACAGGGUUUUCAAGAAAACUACGACGCUCGACUCUCGCGCAUCGACAUCGCCAACACGCUGCGGGAGCAAGUCCAGGACCUGUUCAAUAAGAAAUACGGAGAAGCCCUGGGCAUCAAGUACCCGGUCCAGGUCCCCUACAAGCGGAUCAAGAGUAACCCCGGCUCGGUGAUCAUCGAGGGGCUCCCCCCGGGCAUCCCCUUCCGAAAGCCCUGCACCUUUGGCUCCCAGAACCUGGAGAGGAUCCUUGCAGUGGCUGACAAGAUCAAGUUCACGGUCACCAGGCCUUUUCAAGGACUCAUCCCAAAGCCUGAUGAAGAUGACGCCAACAGACUAGGGGAGAAGGUGAUCCUCCGCGAGCAGGUGAAGGAGCUCUUCAAUGAGAAAUACGGUGAGGCUCUGGGCCUGAACCGGCCUGUGCUGGUCCCUUACAAACUGAUCCGGGACAGCCCGGAUGCCGUCGAGGUCACGGGCCUGCCCGACGACAUCCCUUUCCGGAACCCCAACACAUACGACAUCCACCGGCUGGAGAAGAUCCUGAAGGCCCGAGAGCACGUCCGCAUGGUUAUCAUCAACCAGCUCCAACCUUUUGCAGAAAUCUGCAAUGACGCCAAGGUGCCAGCCAAAGACAGCAGCAUUCCCAAGCGCAAGAGAAAGCGGGUCUCCGAAGGGAACUCCUUCUCUUCCUCCUCCUCGUCUUCCUCCUCCUCGUCCUCUAACCCAGAGUCCGUGGCGUCUACCAACCAGCUCUCACUCGUGGUAAAGUUGCACAGAUCCGGGCCUGACCGCUCUGCUCUUUGGCCCUCGCCCCGCUUUCGGGCAGGGCCGGCUCCUCUGGGACGUGGGUUUGGGGCGCAGGGAAGCACUGGGUCUGAGCGGGGCUCCGCAGCCUCGGGGUGGCAGUCGCGUCUGCCCGAUCGACCCAGCAGAUAGUCCAACCCUGUCACUGGCUGCUCCCGCGUCCCUGCCUUGGGUGGGAAGUCACACCCCCCACUGGGCAGGCGGGCAAGCCGAGUCCCCCCCCUCCCACUGCCUCCGCCCCGGGAGAGGGGACGGGGGACUCCCCUGGGCGGUGCCAGAACGGGGACCCCCGUGCGGUCGCCAGGUUAAUCUCUGCUCACAUCGCAUGCUCUGGGCCUCACCACAGCCCCGUGAGGUUGUAGGCGUUACCCACAGCGUGUGGAGGAGGAAAACAAGGGGCAGAGGCUGGUUGACUGUGGCCUUACUGCGGUCAAGCCUCAUUAGGGACACACACACACACACACACACACACACACACUCGAGAGUUCUUUCUGACUUCAAAACACUAGCUCGGAAGUCCUGAGUCCCAGUGGAGAGAAUACUGGAACACAUUUGGUGAUGACUUGGAGAUGUCUUUGUCCUUUGACCCUGCUUCCCCCCCCCCCUUUUUUUUAAGUUUAAUUUUUAUUUUGAGAGCGCAAAGAGGGGGAGGGAGGGAGAGAAUCCCAAGCAGGUUCCGCACCGAACAGCACAGACCCUGACACGGGCCUGGAACCCACAAAACUGUGAGAUCACGACCUGAGCUGGAACCAAGAGUCAGACGCUUAACCGACUGAGCCACCCAGGCGCCUAUAAUCGUGCCUCCCUUUAAACCUGGCAAACCCCAAAGUUCAGGCUGUAGGCUGUACCUUUGUCCCCACCUAGGGGUGCCUCCAGAGGGUCACUGGCUUUUCCCACCUCCAAGAGAUGGGACUGGCUCUUUGGCAUAAGGCCGGGGAGGGGGCGGAAUUUGUGGGCGUGCUCCCCUUCUCUGAGCGAAUCCUCGGUUCCCCCUGGUCCACGGAAUAGCCCCUGGCACACGGGUGGGAGCGAGUCAGAAGGCCCCGGCCCAGGCUCCAGGGCCACUGGCAAAAUGCAUGACCUUGGACGGGUCCCGGCUCCCAUCUGGACCGUCAGGCUGCCUCCAAAUGAAUCCAGUGGGGAAUCCCUUCAGAAAGCAGAGCUAAGUGGUCUGGUGUUCUUUCUGGGUCACCCGGAGUCCUAACUCGGGCCAUUUGUCCCCCUCUCUCUAGCAAUGGCCAAUGUACAUGGUGGACUAUGCCGGCCUGAACGUGCAGCUCCCGGGACCUCUGAAUUAUUAGACCUCAGUGCUGAAUCAGGACCUCACUCAGAAAGACUAAAGGAAAUGUAAUUUAUGUACAAAGUGUAUAUUCGGAUAUGUAUCGAUGCCUUUUAGUUUUUCCAAUGAUUUUUACACUAUAUUCCUGCCACCAAGGCCUUUUUAAAUAAGUAAAAAAAAAAAAAAAAAAAAAAAAAAGUAUUGCCCUUGCUCAUAACUUCUGCGUAGUCUCAUUUGGAAUUAACAGCUGUCACUGAGGCGAGGUCAGGAAACCUGGCUCAGCCUGCCAAGGUCCCCCCCUUCCUUUGCCAAAGCAAAGGCGGUGUCCCUGACCGCUGGGCCGUGGUGUCUGGGGACUGACUUCACUCAUUUCUCUGCGUGACCUCCAGAUGACGUGUCCCGGGAGGCCAAGUGCCAGACUGAGCCCCUGGCCUCGGGGCCACAAGGUGGUAGGGGGCUGCCUGAGCUCCAGGAAGAGGUGAAGUCCAAAGUGUGAACUGUGAUCAAGUGUGGAAUCUCCGUGGCUGCAGAGAAGGCACCUUGGCAGAGGUGCUCUGGGUUGGACCUGGAGGGGUGGGGUGGCUUUUUGAUGGAGCUCAGGGCAUUUGAGCAGCAGAGGGAUGGGUCACAGCUGUGUCUCGGAAAGGCCACUUUGGUGGCAGGUGGGAAGGUGAAGGAAGGGGUAAGACUGGAGGCAGAAGGGGUGGGGGGUUGAGAGGGCCUGGCCCUGGGCAGCUAAUGGGGGAGGCAGGGCGGCCUCCCCUGGCUCCGAAUCAAGAACCACCCGUGAUGCUGAGACUUACAGAGCGAGGCUGGGGUUGGCAAGGCAGAGCGGGACACGUGGGGCAGGACGGCGUUCUGGGAGAGCCCCUUGUGCCAAGGGCAGGGGGGCUGUGCCAAGCGAGACCUUGGGUGUUCCAGGAACAAGGUGUGGCUGGAGGUGAGACCAGGGAUUCCUAGGGACACUCCCCAGGCAGGGCCCUGCACUCGGAGCCAGGCUGAAGGGGGGAGUGAGGCAAAGCUGUGCACCCCAGGGCCAGUCUGCAUCCCUUUCCUCCCUGGCCUUGUGGAAGC